AUUAGAAGAAGAAAAAUGGGUUCAUCACCACAAGGAACUUGUAGCUCACUUGAUUCCAUUAGGGAACAUCUUCUUGAUGAUGAUGUUGCUUUCAUGGAAUAUUACUGCUGUUUCUCUUUUGAAACUACUCAAACCUCAAAAACAGAGUUUGAUGGUUUUUUCGAAAUUGAGGCAAAACCACAUGCUAUCAGUUCGAAUUCUCCGAAGCAAAGUAACUUCAAAGAACGCAAGCCAUCUCUGAACGUUGCGAUACCCGCGAAGGCUGUUGUUGUAGAGAAAGUGGAAGUUGAGAGCGAGAAGAAGCAUUACAGGGGAGUUAGGCAGAGGCCGUGGGGGAAGUUUGCAGCGGAGAUUCGUGACACGAAUAGAAAGGGGACUCGGGUUUGGUUAGGAACAUUUGAUACUGCUGUGGAUGCGGCCAAGGCAUAUGACAGAGCAGCGUUUAAGCUUAGAGGCAGCAAAGCAAUAUUGAAUUUCCCACUUGAAGUUGCUAACUUUAAGCAACUCCAAAAUGAUGAUGAUGAUGAUGUUGAGAUUCCACAGCCGGUGAGCAAUAAUAAUAAAAGGGUGAGAGAAACAGAGGAAUUAGUAAUGAAGAAGGAAGUGAAAAUAGAAGAGGAAAGAGACGCUGUUACUGCGUCACCAUUAACACCUUCGAAUUGGUCGGCUAUUUGGGAGGGUGGAGAUGGAAAAGGCAUUUUUGAGGUGCCGCCACUGUCUCCACAUAUGGUUCCCAGCUUCUGAUGAUCGGAAAU